AUGUCAGGAGCUGGAUCCCAGAAAGCCAACUGUGCCCGGUGGUGCCCCGAAAACUCCACAUGUAUCAGUGCCACUGCCUGUCGCUGUGACCCGGGAUUCAGUUCUCCAUCUGGGGACAUCACCAGCCCCGCAGAGGCCUGUGACGACAUCAACGAGUGUUCACCACCUGUGAGGGUGUCCUGUGGAAAAUUUGCCGACUGCCGGAACGUGGAGGGGAGUUACUACUGCACAUGCAGCCCAGGAUACACGCUUCCUACCGGGGGGAAAACAUUCCGAAACGAGAGUGAGAACAUGUGUCAAGACAUGAACAAGUGCAGAUCCGGGCAGCAUCGGUGCCAUAACUCCACCUUCUGUGUCUACACUGAGGAAUCAUACACGUGCCACUGCCACCGAGGCUGGACCCCCAAACCGGGGUUCCAGAAUAACCAAAUGACCACAGAGUGUGAAGAGAUGUCCUUCCCCUCCUGGUCCCGGCCCUCUGGAGUCACCAGCCAGAGCCUCUCCCGCUUCUUUGACAAACUUCAGGAUCUGAGCAGAGAUUUCAAGCCAGAUUUUGCUAAUUACACCAUCAAG